GCAGUUUAUCGCCAAAACUUAACUUGAAGUCUGCCAAUCUUGCCUGCGCCUUUCGAUAGAUUCAAGUUCCAUCACGGCAGCUCUGUCAGGCUAAGACGCUAGCGGGUCGACUUCGGCAAGCGCAGAACUCGGGCUCGCUCGCAGAUUCAACGACAAUCAAGCUCUCGGCCGCACCAGCAAUUGCAUCCUCACCACCCCUCCAUCCAUCAUGAGCGCCUUCCGCAUCGCCCGCUCCGCAUUCCGCGCGCGCCCCGCCGCCAUUGCCCGCCCCAUCCAGCGCCGUGGAUAUGCUGAGGUCGCCUCGGACAAGAUCAAGCUCUCCCUAGCUCUGCCUCACCAGACCAUCUUCAAGUCCCAGGAUGUUGUCCAGGUCAACCUUGCCGCCGAGACCGGUGAUAUGGGUGUCCUCGCCAACCACGUCCCCUCCAUCGAGCAGCUGAAGCCCGGUCUGGUUGAGAUCAUCGAGGAGAACGGCACCAACAAGCAGUUCUUCUUGUCUGGUGGCUUUGCUGUUGUCCAGCCCGACUCCAAGCUCAGCAUCAACGCUGUCGAGGGAUACGCGAUUGAGGAUUUCAGCGCCGAGGCCGUCAAGAACCAGAUCGCCGAGGCCCAGAAGAUUGCCAACGGCAGCGGUAGCGAACAGGACAUUGCUGAGGCCAAGAUUGAGCUCGAGGUGCUCGAGAGCCUGCAGGCUGCCCUCAAGUAAAUGUGUAAAUAAGCGUUCAGAGCAUGACGACGUGGUAUGUAUAAUAUCAAGCGAACUGGUCAGUGUUUUCAUGGCAGUGAGGACCGCCAGAGUGUUGGAUUCACAUUAGGCGUGGGGCAUGCGGCGUGCUUUCCGUCAGGAAUCGAUAGAAGGUGCAUCUUGAGCCAGCCCAAACAUUAUGUCUACCACCUC